AUGGCAAGACCUCGCAAGCAGGGGCAAAAAUCUGGCAAGAAAAAUGGAAAAACUAAGUCCGAUGAUCAAGCUGCAACUAUGAAACCUAAUACGCGAGCACAAGCGAAGGAACCUUCACCCCCAACAAUGGUGGAAGCCGCCAUUUCUGAAAGCUCGAACUCAUACCCAGAUGAUGAAGUACUGAUUGAAAACCCGAUUCUUACACCAAAGUCUUCCCUGAAGGAAUUGCAACACAUUGCGAGUGUUCAACAUGACUUUAAUGUGUGGCUCAAUGGCUUAAGCCAGGGUAUGGAUGCUCGUUCCCAUUUUCGAAAUUCUGACGGGAAUUGUUUGAAUAAUGAACAACCUGAAACUGACCAUACUUUGAUUCAACCCAUUGAUCAUAUAUUGCAUCCUAUUGAACAAAAUACUGACAAUUUGCAUAAGCCCCCUGUUCAAAUUGAUUUAGAUGACAUUGUUGAUGAGGUGAAUUUCUGGCAGUCUGCUAUUGUAUGUUAUGUUAUUGGUGCAAACCCACCCCAACAUGUAAUGGAUGGUUAUGUACAUCGUGUAUGGGGGAAAAUGGGAGUGGAUAAAGUUUCAUUGAUUGGGAGGGGAAUUUACUUGGUGCGAUUCUUGACUAUGGAGAAUUGUGAGAAGGUUUUGAAGGGUGGUCCUCAAUUUUUUGAUUCUAAGCCACUUAUCAUCAAACCUUGGUCACAGGAUGUGAAUUGUGCUAAAGAAACAAUCAAAACUCUUCCUAUUUGGAUUAAACUGCCAGGUUUGGAUGUAAAAUACUGGGGGGAGAAGAGUCUUUACAAGAUUGCUGGCCAAAUUGGUAGCCCUAUUAAGGUUGAUCAGGCUACUCAGUAUAGGGAUAAAUUGUUGUUUGCUAAGGUCCUAGUUGAUGUUCAAUUGGACCAGCAGUUCCCUACCACUAUACAGUUUGUGAAUGAGAAGGGAAUGAUUGUGAACCAACAGGUGGAAUAUGAUUGGAUUCCUCUGGUAUGCAGUGUUUGUAAAGGUAUUGGGCACAAAGCUGAUGCCUGCAAACACAACAAAAAACAGACUCAAUUCAAGAAAGUGUGGGUUAUGAAAACCAAGCCUGUUAAUGCACCUACUACUGUGGUUGCCCCUGCUGCAACUCAACAGGCCCCACACACACACACACCUGAUGAGGAAGGGUUCACCCUUGCCAAUGGGUUCAGUAAGCAAAAGUGUCAAGAACUCAGACCAGUUCAGACAAGGAAUAGCUUUCACAUCCAACAUGAGGUGGAGGAUGGUGUGACAUCAGCCUCACACAAGGGAACUGGUUCUACUGUGAAUGGUUCAUUAGACAGGGGGAGAAACAAACAACUGGAGGUGAGGAAGUUUCUUUCCACACACCAAAUCAAGCUAUUCAGCUUCCUGGAGACCAAGGUAAAAGCUCCUAAACUGGGUGCUCUUUACCUUACUGUAUGUCCUAAUUGGUGCUUCACUACCAAUAUUUGCCACAAUGCUAGUGGUAGGAUUAUUUUGGGGUGGGAUCCUGCUGUGUUUGAUGUUGAUAUUAGAGAUAUGAGCUCUGAAUACACUCACUGUUACAUAACUCCUAGAGGUACUAAUCUUGCAUUCUUUGGCACCUUCAUAUAUGGAAUGUCUGAUAAAAAGGGUAGAGAAAUGUUGUGGGAUAACUUGAUUGGUCUUGCUAACACUAUUCAUGAUCCAUGGGUUAUAAUGGGGGAUUUUAACUCAAUUAUGUCCAUGGAGGAUAGGGUUGGGACCCCUGUCAGAUUUGCUGAAAUUCAACCAAUGAGGGACUGUAUGGCAUCUUGCAAUCUGCAGGAGAUUAAGACUGUUGGGAGACACUAUACCUGGACUAACAAGCAGGAAGGGAGCAAUAGGGUCUUUUCUAGGAUUGAUAGGGUUCUUGCUAAUCCCCUAUGGGAGGAUACUUUUCUCACUGCAGAGGCAACUUUUCUUCCUGAAGACACCUUUGACCACUGUCCUAUGGUCCUGAGUUGCUACAGAACUUCACACAUUAAGAAACCAUUUAGGUUUUACAACAUGUGGACAAGUGCUGAGGGUUUUCUUCCUUUGAUUCAGCAAAAUUGGGAUAAGAAGAUCCAUGGUUGUCACAUGUAUAAGGUCCUGCAAAAGCUUAAAUGGAUCAAGAAUGAUUUGAAAGUUCUCAACAAGGCUGGGUUCUCCUCUGUAGAAGCCACCAGUAUUAAAUAUCACCAGGAGUUUAUUCAGGCACAGAAUGCCCUUCAUAGUGAUCCCACCAAUAAUGAUCUAGCCACUAAUGAAAAGCUUGCUGGUGAAAAGUACAAGAAAGCUCAAGCCAACUACUUGUCCUACUUAAGCCAAACUGCUAAGAUCCAGUGGUUGGCUUUGGGAGAUGAAAACUCUAAAUUAUUUCACAUGAGCAUUAAACAAAGAAGGAAACAAAACAAGAUCAAUUUCAUCCACAAUGCUGCUGGUGAGUGGAUUCAAUCCUAUGAAGGAGUCCAGGAGGCUUUCUCCCAAUUCUACUCUUCUCUUUUCUGUGUAACCAAGGAGGACAGAUCUCAUGUUAACCCAAUUGUAGUGGAUCAAGGAACAAGACUCACUAAACAUCACAGGAACUUGCUGCAUUGUGAUUUUCAGGAGUGUGACAUUAAAAAUUUUUUCCUCACUGGGAAAAUCUUAAAAGAAAUCAACAUCACCUCCAUUUCUCUGGUUCCUAAAGUCACUGUGCCUGCUUCUGUAGGGGAUUUCAGACCAAUUGCAUGUUGCUCAGUCCUGUACAAAUGCAUAUCCAAGCUCUUAUGUAAGAAAUUAAGCCAGGUCCUUCCAGAUAUCAUCUCCCCUACACAGGGUGCCUUUGUUGCUGGCAGGUCCAUUUUACACAAUGUGCUAAUUUGUCAGGAUUUGAUUAAACACUACAACAGAAGGAACACAAGACCUAGUUGCCUGAUGAAACUUGAUUUAAAGAAAGCCUUUGAUACAGUUGAAUGGAAGUUCAUAGAAGAGGUUAUGCUGGAAUUAGGCUUUUCCACUUUUUUUGUGGAUCUGAUAAUGACUUGCCUGUCAACAACUUAG